AUGAUAUAUCGGUUUCUCAACAUUGGGAUGAUGAGCAAGAAAAAACGAAGAGACAUUCCAUAUUACGCAGGAUAUUUGAAAAUUGUCCUUCUCGGAUCAAUGACGUUUUCUCUUGUUCUAAUGCCAAUGACUUAUUAUCUUGAUUUGAGUGUACCGUCCCAUUAUCAGCUUUAUAAGUAUAUCAUCUACGUAUUCGUCAUAUUUCUCGGAUAUUUCACAUGGAAUGUUGUGGACGCGUGCGAAUUGCAGUACAGUUGGGCGUACUCGGUACUGUUACCUUGUCUGGCAGUGUUUCAUUAUUAUCUUCCAAACUACAUGGUAGUCAACGAGUUGGUCCGUAUCUCCCAGGAAUGCAAAUAUGAUGGAGGUGAAUGUCUGAAAUCUUUUCAGAGUCCGAGGUCACUCUUGAUUCAUUUCAAACCCACAUACAUGAAAAAAGACAGAAACCCUUGGACUGUCAUUGUCAACAUGUAUCAAACUGAAGCAGACUAUCAGUUUCUAUGGAAUAUGAAACCUACUGUAGCCACUGCAGAAGAGUCGAUAAUCUCCUGUGGUGUCAAAAUGGCAAAAUAG